AUGCCACUUACGGCCAAACAAGCAUGGGUGGAGGUGAAUAAGCUGAGAUUGUUAGGUCCAACUGGUAAUUCGCCAGGUAUAUUCAUUGUUGACGAGUCUCCUUUUCAACAGGAACAAGAAGCAGCUGCUGCAGAAUCUCAAGAUCCUGUUAUCGCCGGCCGGAUAUUACCAACUUCUGAUAUCUACAAAGAAGGAGCUUAUCGACUAGAAAUGAGAUUUUCACCUGGAUAUCCAUUCAAGCCACCAGAAGUGCGCUUCGCUACACCCAUCUAUCAUCUAAAUGUCGAUAAAGAUGGUUUAGUUUGCAUACCUAUUCUAAGAGUGACCGAGAACUGGAAUGCUAAUACGUCUUUGGCCGACGUGGUCAAAGCUAUUGUCGACGUUAUUGAUCAUCCAAAAAUCGAGUAUGCGAUGAGCCCCGAGAUACAAAAAGAGUAUGACUCAAAUAAGGCCGAGUACGAGCGGAAGGCAAAACAGAUGGUGAAAGAUAAAGCGUUGCGUCGAAACUGA